AUGGGCGACGAGGAAAAGCGGGAUGCCCGGUUCGCCCACGUGGCGAAGCGGAUCGAGACCGUCCUCAAGGUCUCGGAGACCGCGGUGGAGAAGAUGUUCAAGACGGACGAGUACAGGGAGAUUGUCGAGCGGUUCCUGAAUGACAACGAAACCACGAGGAUGCUCGUGUCCGGCGACAAGGAUGUCGCUCCGAGCCUCAGCGCCCCCGGGCGCAUCAAGAAGAAGCUCAUGUACUUCGUGAAGCGGUCGGCGGACGCCAUCACGCCGGAGAACGUCGCGACGGCGCUGCUCGACGGCGAGAUCGGCGAGGCGCCGCUCGAGCAGCUCCUCGGCAUGAGCCAGGAGGUGUUUCUGCCGCUGCUGACCAACACGCGCAACCAGCAGGGGUGGCCCGACGUCAUCACGCGCGAGGUCGUCGAGAACGUCCACAAGUUCGUCGCCGAGGUCACCAUCACCAUGGGCCGCACGCAGGGCAAGACGCUCCUGCCCCUCCCGCCCGUCGACGGCGAGGAGGCCGAGGCGCUCACGUCGGACAAGGACCUCAUCCACGUCCUGGAGUCGGAGGUGGUGAUGUGGACGCGGCAGAUCAAGAACGUGCUGAAGCUCGACCCGGAGUCGGUCUUCGCGUCGAUGCCCGCGGGCGAGCACCCGGGACCGCUGAACGAGAUCGACUUCUGGGAGUCGCGCGCCGCGGACCUCAACUCGAUCCACGAGCAGGUCACGGGCGCCAAGGUGGCCAAGGUGGUGCGCGUGCUCGAGCUGGCCAAGAGCACGUACUACACGGCCUUCAGCCGGCUGCUGCGCGAGGUGGACGUGGCGCGCGAGGAGGCCAACCACGUCCUGCGGUACCUGAAGCCCAUCAAGAAGUACUUUGAGAAGGUGGCCAUGAUGGACGACUUCCCGGUGCUGGUCGACUUCUUCCGCCCCAUGAUGCACCUCGUGCUGCUCGUGUGGAAGCGGUCCAAGUACUACAACACGCCCAACCGCCUCGUCAUCCUCAUCCGCGAGGUCUGCAACGACCUCAUCGCCCAGUCCUGCCGGUACGUCGACGCGUCCAAGGUGCUGUCCGAGGAGCCGCAGGAGUCCGUCGCGCAGCUCAACAAGGUCACCAAGGUCCUCGGCACCUUCAAGGACGUGUACCAGGAGUACCGCCAGCGCAGCCUCGAGGAGUGCCCGGAGAACCCCUGGCGCAUCCAGAGCUCCGCCAUGUUCAUGCGCCUCGACGCCUUCCUCGAACGCGUCCACGACCUCCUCGAGCUCGCCGAGACCUCGAUGCUCUUCCUGCGCCUCGACCGGGUCGAGAUCGGCGGCACGCGCGGGCGCACGCUGACGGCGACGGUGAAGCAGAUCUUCGGGGAGUUCAUGACGGCGCUGGAGAAGCUGCAGCAGGUCGAGUACGACCUGAUGGACGUGGAGUGCAAGCAGUUCGACGACGACUUCUUCGCGUUCCGCUCCGUGGUCAAGGAGCUCGAGCGGCGCCUGGGGUCGGUCCUGACGCAGGCCUUCGACGACUGCGCGACGGUCGAGUCGGCGUUCAAGCUGCUCGACGGCUUCGAGGGCCUCCUCGAGCGCGACAUCAUCAAGGCGGACCUGGACAAGAAGAACGACGACCUCAUGUGGCAGUACUUUGAGGACAUCAAGACGGUGCACCACAUGUUCCACGCCGAGCAGGGCAACCCGCCGAUCGCGAAGAACAGCGCGCCGUGCUCGGGCGCGGUGGCGUGGGCGCGCGGGCUGCGGCGGCGGCUGCAGGAGCCGAUGGAGCGCGUGCAGGCGCUGAGCGGGUGGGACCCGGAGAUGCUGCGGGAGGUGGUGGGGAUGUACGAGUCGCUGCAGAAGGCGGUGCAGGAGUACGAGGGGAAGAAGGUGCGGGAGUGGUACGACGAGGUGGCGCGGACGUCGGACGACAAGCUGAAGCUGCCGCUGCUGAAGCGGGACGCGGAGAACGAGACGUUCAUCACGGUGAACUUCGACCCGGCGCUGGUGCGGCUGCUGCGGGAGGUCAAGUACUUCAAGAUCCUCGAGGUGGACAUCCCGGAGUCGGCGCAGAAGGUGUACGAGAAGCACGAGACGUUCCGGCGGCAGGUGGGCAACUUUGACUUGAUCAGCGGGAUCCACAACAACAUCCAGCGGACGCUGAUGGACAUCGAGCGGCCGCUGGUCCAGGACAAGCUGGACAAGAUCGGCACGGCGCUGCAGAAGGCGCUCACGACGCUCAACUGGAACUCGCACAAGAUCGACGACUACAUCAGCGAGGUCAUGUCGAUGGUGCGCGAGCUCCAGAACAUCCUCAACACGAUCAAGGGCAACGUCGCGAAGACGUCGGAGAUCCUCGCGCGCUGGGAGGCCGACGUCAUGUUCGUGCGCAAGGAGGGCAAGGUGUACACGGUGCAGGAGUUCCACGAGGCCUUCCAGUCGACGGUCGGCGCGCGGCACGACCUGAUCGCCGCGGGCGGCGAGGAGGUGGCCAAGCUCCUGUCGCUCUCGAACCGCACGCUCAAGGUCUCGAAGGGCGCGCCGGCCUGGAAGUCGUACGUCGAGCACGUGGGCACCAUCGUCGUGGACGGCACGUCGCGCGCGAUCCUCGCGUCGCUCGAGGCGAUGCUGAAGCACAUCGACCCGGACUCGAUCCGCGAGAACGACCUCGGGCCGCUGCUCGAGGUGCAGCUCGAGCUCCGCGCGCCGGACAUUGUGUGGGUGCCGGAGAUCGCGAGCAAGGGCGCGGCGGUGUACGACGACGACGAGGACCGCGGGCUGCGCGACCACCUCCACUCGUGGGUCAAGGCCUUCCUCGAGGUGGGCACCCUCAUGAAGCGGCUCGACACGGGGGAGGGGAGCUACGAGCAGGAGCUGGAGGAGGACUACUACAUCGCGGACGUGCUGGCCAAGGUGUCGGAGGUGACGCUGGCGAACGAGGCCAAGUGCGCGGAGUUCCACGACUCGUACAAGCGCUUCGAGUACCUCUGGACGCGCGACUUGCAGGAGACGCUGCAGGAGUUUUUGCGUGAGAACGCCACGCGCGACGAGGAGACGGGCGAGGUCGUGGGCGACCCGCCGCUGGCCAAGUUCGACGAGGAGAUCACGCGGUACAAGAUGGUGCAGGACGAGAUCGCGGCCCUGCCCACGACGGUCGACAUUGGGAUGCUGCGCAUCGACUGCCGGCCGAUCAAGCAGGCGCUGGGGACGUGGGUGACGAAGUGGGUGUUCCUGUUCACGCACUACCUGCAGCGGCACGUCACGGAGAAGAUCGACGAGCUCGACGGGUUCAUCGGGAACGCGUCGCACGUGCUGGAGAUCUCCCUCGACGGGUCGGGCAACGUGGCGGGCCCCGCGGGCGGCGACGGCGAGGAGGGCGAGGGCGGCGAGGGCGAGAAGGCCGAGGAGAAGCCCGAGGGCGAGACCGGCGACGAGGUGCACGACCCCGAGGCCGAGGCCAAGCAGAAGGACGCCGACGAGAAGGCGUCCAAGGCCAAGGGCACGCUGCUGUACAAGGUCAUGGCGACGCUGCGCGACAUCCGGAAGCGCAAGGAGCGCACGGAGGCCGGGUUCGGCCCGAUGAACGAGUGCGUGGAGCUGCUGCAGACGCACGGCAUCCAGCUGGGCGAGGCGGUGCUGGCCAAGCUGGAGAACCUGCCGUCGCAGUGGCGCAACCUGAUGAAGAAGCUCGACGGGAAGAAGGAGGAGGUGGCGCUCGCGCAGCAGAUCGAGGGGCAGAAGAUCCGCGGGACGUCGGACCGCUUCGGGAAGGAGGUGGAGGAGUUCCGGUCGUUCUUUCAGCGCACCGCGCCGUUCACCGUGCCGGACGGGAAGCUCAAGGUCGCGGACAUCGAGCGCGCGUACCGCGUGCUGGACCAGUUCAACGCCGGCGCGGUCGACGGCCGCUCAAACGUGAUGGCGAUGAUCAAGCGCGCGCAGGAGCUCCGCGAGAGCCAGGACCUCUUCGACCUCUUCGUGGUGGACUACGUGCCGCUCACGCGGUGCAAGGAGGAGCUGCAGUACCUCAAGGAGAUGUGGGACAUGGUCGGGAUGGUCCUGUACACGUUUGAGGACUGGAACAACACGAAGUGGGACAUCAUCGACACGGAGAUGCUGUCGGAGCGCACGAAGGCGAUCGCGAAGGAGAUCCGCACGCUGAACAAGAACUGCCGCGCGUUCGACGUGUACAAGCUGCUGGACGACUCGAUCAAGGCGAUGCAGGUGUCGCUGCCGCUGGUGGCGGACCUGCACCACCCGGCGAUGCGCGAGCGGCACUGGAAGCAGCUGAUGAAGGCGACGGGGAAGCACUUCACGAUGGACGAGAACUUCUCCCUCGGCGACCUGCUGGCGCUGGAGCUGCACAACUACGUCGAGGAGGUCGGCGACAUCGUGGACCGCGCGCAGAAGGAGCUGGUGAUCGAGAAGCAGCUGAAGAAGAUCGACGAGACGUGGGCCGCGCUCGCGCUCGUGUUCGAGCCGUACCAGGACUCGGAGGUGUACCAGGUGGUGGUGGACGACACCAUCCGCGAGGCGCUGGAGAACGACAACAUGCUGCUGCAGAACAUGGCGGGCGGCAAGUACGUGCAGGGCAACCCGAAGUUCGUCGAGCUCGUCAACACGUGGCAGCGCAAGCUCGGCGGCGUGGUGUCGUGCCUGGACGUGUGGCUGGACGUGCAGAAGAAGUGGCAGAACCUCGAGAGCAUCUUCAUCGGCAGCGCGGACAUCCGCGUGCAGCUCCCGGAGGACUCGAAGCGCUUCGACGGCAUCAACGCGGACUACCAGGACCUGAUGCGCAACGCCAACGACAUCACCAACUGCGUGGAGGCGUGCAACCAGGAGGGCCGGCAGGAGCGCCUGGACAACAUGCAGCGCGAGCUCGAGCAGUGCGAGAAGGCGCUGCAGGACUACCUCGAGACGAAGCGCAUGGCGUUCCCGCGGUUCUACUUCGUGGCGCCCGCGGACCUGCUCGACAUCCUGUCCAAGGGGUCCAACCCGCAGGCGAUCCUGAAGCACCUGUCCAAGUGCUUCGCGAACGUGGACAACCUGGAGUUCCACCACGACGACAAGGGCGCGCCGACGAAGACGGCCAUCGCCAUGGUGUCGGGCGAGAAGGAGCGCGUGUCGUUCGCGCCGGAGUCGUACGCGCCCGCGUGCCUGUGCGACGGGCCCGUCGAGAACUGGCUGCAGACCGUGGAGGACUCGAUGGUCAAGGCGCUGUCGUACGAGUUCAAGGAGAAGGCGAUGCCCGGCUACGAGGAGAAGAAGCGCAAGGACUGGAUCUUCGACCACUCGGUGCAGAUGACCAUCGUGGUGAGCCGCGUGUACUUCACGCAGGAGGUCAACGAGGCCUUCAGCGAGCUCGAGGACGGCAACGAGGACGCCCUCAAGGCCGAGUACCAGCGGCAGGUGGACCAGAUCUCGGACCUGAUCGACAUCAUCAACACGCCGCUGACGAAGAACGACCGGAAGCGGCUGAUCACGCUCUGCACGAUCGACGUGCACGCGCGCGACGUGAUCCAGCGGCUCAUCGACGAGCGCGUCGAGGCCGGGUCGUGCUUCCAGUGGCAGUCGCAGCUGCGGUACUUCCGGCACGAGAAGACGGGCGAGGUGCAGGUCAACAUCGUCGACGCGGACAUCCGGUACUCGUACGAGUACAUCGGCAACGUCGGGUGCCUCUGCAUCACGCCGCUCACCGACCGCUGCUACAUCACCCUGACUCAGGCCCAGAGGCUCGUCCUCGGCGGCGCGCCCGCGGGGCCCGCGGGCACGGGCAAGACGGAGACCGUCAAGGACCUCGCGCGCGCCCUCGGCGUCAUGUGCUACGUGUUCAACUGCUCCGACCAGAUGGACUACAAGGUCAUGGGCAUGAUCUACAAGGGCCUGGCGCAGACGGGCGCGUGGGGGUGCUUCGACGAGUUCAACCGCAUCCCCGUGGCCGUGCUGUCCGUGUGCUCCACGCAGUACAAGACCGUCCUGGACGCCCUGCGGAUGAAGAAGGAGCGCUUCACGUUUGAGGACGUGGAGAUCCCGCUGCGCGACUCGAUCAUGGCGUUCAUCACGAUGAACCCGGGGUACCCGGGCCGUGCGGAGCUGCCGGAGAGCCUGAAGGCGCUGUUCCGCCCCGUGUCGAUGGUGGUGCCGGACCUGGGGCUGAUUUGCGAGAUCAUGCUCAUGGCCGAGGGCUUCCAGAUGUCCAAGAUCCUGUCGCGCAAGUUCAUCAUUCUGUACAAGCUGUGCGAGGACCUGCUGUCGAAGAGCCGGCACUACGACUGGAAGCUGCGCGCGAUCAAGACCACGCUGUACGUGGCGGGCGGCAUGAAGCGCAUGGCCGAGUCCGAGGCCGAGAUGACGGAGGACAAGGUGCUGCUGCGCGCGCUGCGCGACUUCAACCUCGGCAAGCUCACGUCGGACGACACGUCGAUCUUCAUGGGCCUGCUGAACGACCUGUUCCCCAAGACGGUGGAGAAGGUCCCGCGCGCCAUCGACUACGAGUUCGAGGCGCAGAUCAAGAAGGCCGCCAAGGAGCUCGCGCUGCAGGGCGACGAGCGCUUCUGCCUGAAGAUCUCGCAGCUCCGCGAGAUCUUCGUGGUGCGCUGGUCGGUCUUUUUGCUGGGGCCCGCGGGGUGCGGCAAGUCGGCGAUCUGGAAGACGCUGAAGCGCGCGCAGAACAACUUCGGCGAGAAGACGGACUCGAAGCCGAUCAACCCGAAGAGCGUCACGCGCAACGAGCUGUACGGGUUCCUGCACCCGCAGACGCGCGAGUGGAAGGAGGGCCUCAUCUCGACGACGUUCCGCAACAUGGCGACGGACGGCGAGCGCGUGUACAAGCACCAGUGGAUCGUCCUCGACGGCGACAUCGACGCGGAGUGGAUCGAGUCGAUGAACACGGUGAUGGACGACAACAAGAUGCUCACGCUGGCGUCGAACGAGCGCAUCCCGCUCAAGGACAGCAUGCGGCUGCUCCUCGAGAUCAACCACAUGGUGCACUGCUCGCCCGCGACGGUCUCGCGCGGCGGCGUGAUCUUCGUGAACCAGGACGACGUCGGGUGGAAGCCCGCCAAGGACAGCUGGAUCGAGGGCCUCGAGUGCGACCAGUACCGCGGGCUGCUGACGACGCUGUUCGAGAAGUACGUGGAGACGAGCCUGGAGCACUGCCGGCGGAACUUCAAGACGGUCGUGCCGCUGGAGCCCAUCCAGCAGGUGCAGACCAUCUGCAAGAUCCUCGAGGGGAUCCUGCCGUCGGAGAAGGUGCCGGCGCCGGACGACAAGAAGAAGAAGCUGCUGGAGACGAACUUCGUGUUCGCGUGCGUGUGGGCGUUCGGCGGGUGCAUGCUCGUCGACAAGGUCUACGACUUCCGCACGGAGUUCUCGCGGUGGUGGUGCUCGGAGUUCAAGACGGUCGCGUUCCCGGACGGCGGGCUGGUGUUCGACUUCUACGUGGACCAGGAGGAGGGCACGCUGUGCCCGUGGCAGGACCGCGUGGCGGACUUCACGUACGCGAACGACGGCAACUUUGGCAACAUCUUCGUGCCGACGGUCGAGACGACGCGGCUGACGUUCUUCCUCGACUCGCUCAUCGAGAACAAGCACUACGUCAUGUUCGUGGGCAACUCCGGCACGGGCAAGACGGCCAUCAUGCGCGACAAGCUCAAGGCGAUGGACCAGGAGGCCAUGUCGUUCUACACCAUCAACAUGAACUCCUUCCUCGACGCGCCCGCGCUCCAGGUCACCAUGGAGCAGCCCCUGCAGAAGUCCAACGUCCGCUGGGGCCCCCCGGGCAACAAGCGCAUGGUCUACUUCAUCGACGACAUGAACAUGCCCUUCAAGGACAAGUACGACACGCAGUCCGCGAUCGAGCUCGUCCGGCAGUACGUCGACUACGGCGGGUGGUACGACAAGGUCAAGAUCGUCGAGCGCAAGAUCGCGUCGUGCCAGCUCGUGUCGUGCAUGAACCCCACGGCGGGCUCGUUCUUCAUCACCCCGCGCAUGCAGCGGCACUUCUCGACCUUCGCGGUGCAGAUGCCGCCGCAGGAGAUCGUGCGGUCGGUGUACGUCGCCAUCGCCGAGGGCCACAUGGCGCCGUUCGAGGGCGACGUCGCCGCGCUGGCCCCGCGGCUCGUCGACGCCAUGACGGAGCUGCACAAGUCGGUCAUGAACACGUUCCUGCCGUCGGCCGUCAAGUUCCACUACCAGUGGAACCUGCGCGACCUGUCCAACAUCACGCAGGGCCUCACGCGCAUGACGCGCGAGUUCUACACCAACCCCGUCCAGGUCGUGCGCCUCUUUGUGCACGAGUGCGAGCGCGUGUUCCUUGACCGCAUGGUGAACGAGACGGACAUGACCAAGUUCAACGAGCUGCGCGAGAAGGUCACGAAGAAGCACUUCAGCGACAUCAGCGCGGAGGAGGUCGAGGCGCGCCCGAACGUGUACACGGCGUUCAUGCAGUUUGACAACGAAGAGAACGGGAUCUACGUGGGCUGCCCGACGUACGACAAGCUCAAGGAGGUGCUCGAGGAGCGGCUGAAGGAGUACAACGACGCGAACGCCGUGAUGGACCUCGUGCUGUUCCAGCAGGCGAUGGAGCACGUGGCGCGCAUCGCGCGCAUCAUCAACUUGCCGCGCGGCAACGCGAUGCUGGUCGGCGUCGGCGGGUCCGGCCGGCAGUCGCUCGCGCGGCUCGCGUCGUUCCUGUGCGGGUACGAGGUCUUCCAGAUCACGGUGACGUCGACGUACGGCGUCGAGAACCUCAAGGAGGACCUGAUCAGCCUGUACACCAAGUGCGGCGCCAAGUCGCAGCCGAUCACGUUCCUCAUGACGGACAACCAGAUCGUGGACGAGCGCUUCCUGGUGUACAUGAACGACCUGCUGUCGUCGGGCAUCAUCGCGGACUUGUUCACGCAGGAGGACAAGGACAACUUCUGCAACGCGGUGCGCAACGAGGCGAAGCAGGCCGGCGUGAUCGACACGCAGGAGAACCUGUGGGACUUCUUCAUCGAGAAGGUCCGGAAGUUCCUGCACAUCGUGCUGUGCUUCUCGCCCGCGGGCGACAAGUUCCGCGUGCGCGCGCGGCAGUUCCCCGCGCUCGUCACGUCGACGGUGUUCGACUGGUUCCACUCCUGGCCGCACGAGGCGCUCGUGAGCGUGGCUCAGCGCUUCCUGGGCGACAUCCCCGCGAUCGAGGACGAGGUUCGGGAGAACCUGGCCUACCACAUGGCGUUUGCGCACCAGUCGGUGACGACGGCGUCGACGGACUUCCUCACGCGGUCGCGGCGGUACAACUACGUCACGCCGAAGUCGUACCUCGAGCUGAUCGCGCUGUACAAGAAGCUGCUCGAGGAGAAGCGCGGGCAGCUGCGGCAGGCGCGCGAGCGGCUCGAGAACGGGCUGGACAAGAUCGCGAGCGCGGCGGCGCAGGUGCAGGACCUGCAGGUGAUGCUGCAGCAGGAGCAGAUCGUCGUCGAGGAGAAGAAGGCCAAGACGGAGGAGCUCAUCGUGAGCAUCGGCAAGGAGAAGGCGGUGGUCGACGACGCGGUGGAGAGCAGCCGCGCCGACGAGGAGGAGUGCGCGAAGAUCGCGGAGGACGUCGGGCAGAUGCAGGCGGAGUGCGAGCGCGACCUGAGCGCCGCCGAGCCGCUCGUCGAGAAGGCCAUUGCCGCGCUGAACAGUCUGGACAAGGGGAGCCUGACGGAGCUCAAGUCGCUCAAGACGCCCGGGCCGGAGAUCCAGGCGGUGGCGUUCGCGGUGCAGGUGCUGUUCGCGCCGCCGGGCAAGGUCCCCAAGGACAAGGACCUGACGUGGCAGAACGCGCAGAAGUUCAUGGGCGACGCGGGGUCGUUCCUGAACAACCUGCUCAACUUCGACAAGGAGAACAUCCCCGAGGCGAACGUCGAGCGCGUCGAGAAGAACUACAAGCCCUCGCUCGUCAUCGAGGGCACCGACGAGCCCGACAUUGAGGGCAUCAGCAAGAAGUCGAAGGCGGCCGCGGGCCUCGCGUCGUGGGUCGUGAACGUGUCCAAGUACUUCCGCGUGUACCAGUUCGUCGAGCCGAAGCGCCAGAGCCUGGCCGAGGCCAACCGGAAGCUCGAGGCGGCCAACAAGAAGCUCAGCGGGAUCCGCGCCAAGGUCAAGGAGCUGCAGGACAAGGUGGCCGCGCUCGAGGAGCAGCUCAUGCAGGCGACGGAGGAGAAGAACAACGCCGUCGCGCAGGCGGAGAAGACGCAGAAGAAGGCCGACCUCGCCGACCGCCUGAUCAACGGCCUGGCGGGCGAGAAGCAGCGCUGGGGCGAGACGGUGAGCCGCUUCCAGGUGCAGGAGGGGCGGCUGGUCGGCGACGUGCUGCUGGCCUCGGCGUUCGUGGCCUACGCGGGCCCGUUCUCGAUGCCGUUCCGCGUCGCGCUGGUCUCGGAGAAGUGGACGCCCGACCUGGUGGAGCGCAAGGUGCCCAUGAGCGACGGCAUCACGCCGAUGGACGUGCUCGCGACGGACACGCUCAAGGCGAAGUGGUCCUCCGAGGGCCUCCCCACGGACCCGCUGUCGAUGGAGAACGGCGCGAUCAUGACCAACUCGGCGCGGUGGAGCCUCAUGAUCGACCCGCAGCUGCAGGGGAUCAAGUGGAUCGUGAGCCGCGAGGAGCCGCACGGGAUCAAGGUGAUCCAGCUCACGCAGAACAAGUACAUCGAGACGGUGAAGCAGUGCAUCGAGAACGGCGUCCCGCUGAUGAUCGAGAACAUCGGGGAGGACAUCGACGCGGUGCUCGACCCGGUGAUCUCGCGCUCGACGAUUAAGAAGGGCCGGAACAUCGUGAUGAAGAUCGGCGACGACGAGGUCGAGUACGACGACAAGUUCAGGCUCUACUUGCAGACGAAGCUCUCGAGCCCGCACUACAAGCCCGAGAUCGCCGCGCAGACGACGCUGGUGAACUUCUGCGUGACGGAGAAGGGCCUCGAGGACCAGCUCUUGGCUCUCGUGGUGUCCAAGGAGCGGCCCGACCUGCAGAGCCAGGCCGCGGAGCUCGUCAGCCAGCUCAACCAGUACACGGUCACGCUGGCCGAGCUCGAGGACAACCUGCUGUUCCGCCUCGCCAACUCCCAGGGCGACAUCCUCGAGGACAUCGAGCUCGUCGAGAACCUCGAGCAGACCAAGGCGACGGCCAACGACAUCGCGGAGAAGGUCGACCUGGCGAAGAAGACGCAGGCCAACAUCAGCAAGGCGCGCGAGGUGUACCGCCCCGUCGCGACGCGCGGGUCGCUGGUCUACUUCCUCAUCGACAACCUCGACGCGCUCGACCGCGUGUACCACUACAGCAUGGCCAACUUCGUGCGCAUCAUGCGGACGGGCAUGGACAAGACGCCCGAGGUCGAGGAGCAGAACGAGGCCGACCGCGUGCGCAAGCGCGUCGCGGCGCUCAUCGAGCACGUGACGCUGACCGUCUUCAAGUACGUCGCGCAGGGCCUCUUCGAGCGCCACAAGCUCAUCGUGGCCACGCAGCUGUGUGUGUCGAUCCUCAAGGGCCGCGGGGAGCUCGACGCGCAGCGGUUCGACUACCUCCUGCGCGGCCCGCGCGUGCUCGGCGUGGACAACCCCGUGCACGAGUGGGUGGCCGACCCGUGCUGGGCGGCGGUGCAGGCGCUCAAGCAGCUCGACGACUACUCGAGCCUCCCGGACGACCUGGUCGGGUCGGCGAAGCGGUGGCGCGAGUGGAUGGAGCUCGAGCGCGCCGAGGAGGAGCUGCCGCCGGGCGACUGGAAGCGCAUGAGCGAGUUCGACCGCCUGUUGAUCUUCCGCGCGCUGCGGCCCGACCGCCUGACGAACGCGAUGCGCAAGUUCGUGCACAACACCAUCGGCGAGGCGUACGUCACGUCCGAGGGCUUCGACCUCGAGCGCUCGCUCGAGGACUCGGCGCCGCACAUCCCCGUGUUCGUCUUCCUGUCUCCCGGUGUCGACGUCGCGGGCGCCGUCGAGGCGCUCGGGCGCACCAAGGGCAAGACGCUCGAGGAGGGCACGUACGCGUCGAUCUCGCUCGGGCAGGGCCAGGAGGUCAUCGCGAUGCGGGCGCUGCAGAAGGCGCGGAAGAACGGCGGGUGGUGUCUGCUGCAGAACGUGCACCUGACGAUCGACUGGACGGCCGGCGCGCUCGUCAAGGUGUGCGACAAGCUCGAGGAGGAGGGCACGCACGACGACUUCCGCCUGUUCAUCUCCGCGGAGCCGCCCCCGGCGCUCGAGCGCGGCCUGCCCAUCUCGCUGCUCCAGCAGAGCAUCAAGCUCACCAACGAGCCGCCCGAGGGCCUCAAGGCCAACCUGCUGCGCGCGCACCACUGCUUCAGCGACGAGAUCGUCGAGGCGUCGUCCAAGCAGGCCGAGCUCCGCUCGAUCCUCUUCGCGCUGUGCUACUUCCACGCCGUCCUCCUCGAGCGCAAGAAGUUUGGCGUCGGCAACCUCCCCGGCGCGACGUCGGGCAUCGGGUGGAACAUGAACUACCCGUUCAACACCGGCGACCUCCUGUGCUGCGGCCAGGUCGCCGUCAACUUCCUCGAGAUCUCGUCCAAGGUGCCCUGGGACGACCUGCGGUACGUCAUCGGCGAGAUCAUGUACGGCGGGCACAUCGUCGAGGACUGGGACCGGCGUCUCGCGAACGCGUACCUGUUCCGGUACUUCAACGACGACCUCGUGGAGGGCACGGAGAUGUUCCCGGGCUUCCCGACGCCGCCCAACACGGCGCCGCACAAGGAGGUGACGGCGUACAUCGAGGACAGCAUGCCCGCGGAGUCGCCGAUCGGGUUCGGGCUGCACCCGAACGCGGAGAUCGGGUUCAAGCUGCGCGAGGGCGAGACGUUCUGCGCGAGCCUGCUGAACCUGCAGCCGCGCGACGCGAGCGGCGACGCGGGCAUGAGCGACGAGGAGCGCGCGAAGCAGGUCCUCGACGACCUCAUGGAGCGCCUCCCGGACUACUUCGACAUGGAGGACAUCCGCGGCCGCAUCGACGACUUCACGCCGUACAUCAUGGUGGCCAUUCAGGAGGCGGAGCGGAUGAACGUGCUGCUGGCGGAGAUGCGGCGGUCGCUCGUGGAGCUCGACCUGGGCCUCAAGGGCGACCUGACGAUGUCGGAGCCGAUGGAGCGGCUCAUGCGCGCGCUGAGCAGCAACCAGGUGCCCGGGUCGUGGCGCAACCUGGCCUACCCGUCGCUGCGGCCGCUCGCGAGCUGGAUGCACAACCUGCUGCAGCGCGUGGAGCAGCUCGUGGGGUGGACGACGGAGAUGAGCGUGCCGCCGUCGGUGUGGCUCUCGGGGCUGUUCAACCCCCAGAGUUUCCUGACGGCGGUGAUGCAGACGACGGCGCGGCGCAACGACUGGCCGCUCGACAAGACGAUCGUGGUGACGGAGGUGACGAAGAAGCAGCCGGACCAGGUCGAGGGGCCGCCGCGCGACGGCGCGUACGUGCACGGCCUCACGCUCGAGGGCGCGCGCUGGGACGAGAAGGCCGGCGUGCUCGACGAGUCGCUCCCGAAGCAGCUCUUCUGCGCCGUGCCCGUCAUCCAGAUCCGCGCCAUCCAGGUCGACCGCGCGGACAGCUCCAAGGACGUGUACCAGUGCCCCGUGUACGCCACGGAGGCGCGCUUCCGCGAGGAGAUCUUCACGGCGCAGCUGAAGAGCAAGGCGAGCUGGAUCCAGUGGACGUGCCGCGGUGUGUGCAUGUUCCUCGACGUCGUGGCGUAG